AUGGAUAAAGGUGAUGAACGAAAAUUUGCGCUUGAUGUUGAGGCAGUCGAAGGGGUCCAUACGGGAUAUUCGAAUCGUGUGGUAGCACUGGUCGAAUAUGCGGACGACGUUGGUAUGGAUAGCGCAGACGAUGACGGCAAGAGUGGUAUUGAGGUGUUGAGCAAUGCAAAAAUGUUUGGUCAACUUGUGGAUGGCGUCUGCGUUGAACGGAUGUUCAGACGGAGUUUUGUCGAUUUCGUUGUCGGACGGUAUGGCAACAAAUAUGGCGAUUGGCAAGGCAAGAAGAAAGAGGAGAGGGAGGGAAGGAGCACAAUGAGAUCGUUCGAAAAGAACCACGACGAUGAUGCGGUCAGUAUUCAGAUACACCAGUUGGAUAUUGAUUUGGAGGAUCACACCUUAUCAGAGGUUAUGAUGAUAUUGUGUCACCCACUAUUCAAACUGUAA